UCGUCGAGAUUAUGUGGGAGAAAUCGUUGUUUUUAGUAAUUAGUCUCGUAUAUUUAUCAUGAAUAAUGUUUUAAUAUGUUAGUCUUUAUCGGUUUGGUGUCAUAUAGUGGUUCGCCCGCGUCAGUGUGCCGUGCCUUUUUUGAGUGUACCAUCGAUAGAUUUCGUAGAUAGAUUUGUGCUUGGGGAGGAAGAUGACGGUUUUUAUCUACGCUAGUGUUAUUGUUUCCGCAUAAUUGUGUUUAUUGUUCACGAUGACGACAACUACGAGAUCGUCCAACGUUAGCUUGAAGCCGAUAGAAGUUUCGAAGGCUUUGAUAGAGGGAGAGAAAUUUAUCAAGUGGGAUGAGCAGGACUCAGGUGGGGGGCUCCCAGUCACCUUGCGGGUGGACCCCAAGGGGUUCUACAUGUACUGGACUGAUCAGAACAUGGAGGUGGAGUUGCUGGACAUCGCCACCAUAAGAGAUGUGAGGACCGGCCCCCAUGCUAAAGUUCCAAAAGAUCCAAAGAUCCGGAACGUGGUACUGAUCGGCUCGCAAGGUUCGCUGGAGGAGAAGACCGUGACUGUAUGCUACGGUGCAGACUUUGUUAAUGUCACCUUCAUCAAUUUCUGCUGCACGAGGAAGGAGAUUGCCCAGAUGUGGACUGAGGAGCUGUUCAAGCUGGCGUACAACCUCAACCAGCUGAACAACCCGACCAUCAAGUUCCUGGAGAAGCUGCACACUAAGAUCAGCCUCAAAGCAGACAAGUCCGGGAAGAUCCUCGUUAAAAACAUCGUCAGGUCUUUCGCGCAGAACAAAGAUGACAAGAAGCGAGUAGAGAAGGCUCUUAGCGAUACGGGCCUGCCGACCAGCAAGAACGACACCAUCAGCCAAUCCAAGUUCCAGUUCGAGGACUUCUUCGCCUUCUAUAAGAACCUCACGCAGCGGAACGAGGUCCAGAAGAUCUUUAAUCAGCUAACGGACGGCAAACCCCAUCUAUCAGCGAACCAACUAGUGGACUUCUUGAACGAGGUACAACGCGAUCCGCGGUUGAACGAGAUCCUCCACCCGUAUGCUGAUCUGCAGCGAGCCAAGGACCUGAUCAAGACGUACGAGCACAAUAAAUACCAUCAGCAGAGAAGCCAGCUUACCUUUGAUGGGUUUCUUAGGUUCUUAAUGUCAGAAGAUAACCCGAUAGUUCAGCCAAGCAAGAUGGACCUCUGCGACGACAUGGAGCAGCCUCUAGCGCACUACUUCAUCAACAGCUCUCACAACACCUACCUGACUGGCCACCAGAUCACGGGCAAGUCCAGUGUCGAGAUAUACCGGCAGAGCUUGCUCGCUGGAUGCAGAUGCGUAGAGCUGGACUUCUGGAAUGGUCGCACCGAAGAACCCGUAAUAGUGCAUGGGUACACCUUCGUGCCAGAGAUCAGCGCUAAGGAAGUGCUGGAAGCGAUAGCGGAGAGCGCUUUUAAGACAUCAGACUUUCCCGUCAUCUUGAGCUUUGAGAACCACUGCAACCCACGGCAACAGGCCAAGAUUGCCAACUACUGUCGGGAUAUCUUCGGAGAGAUGCUGCUUGAUAAGCCCCUGGAUACGCACAAACUGUACCCUGGAGGAAAACUACCACCGCCAUCGCUACUACGUCACAAAAUUAUUAUUAAGAACAAGAAGAAGCAUCACCAUCAUCACAAAAAGGAGGAUUCCGUCGCUUCGGGGGUAUCGGAGCAACAGAAAGACCAGGCGGCGCAACAAGCUGAGCAACCGGAGCAGCCAUUAGAACAAGUAGAAUCAUCUGAACAACCGUCAGAUGAUCAACCUGUAGACCAACCAACUGUACUACUCACUGAGGCGGAACCGCAGGGCAAUGGGGAUGUGUCCGAGGCAGAGGAUACCCUCGGAAAGGAAAUUCUUUCAAAAGACCCUACGCCAAAGGAUACCUCUCCAGCAGCCGCCACACCCAAAGUAACCCCGUCAAAGGAUCCAUCGCUAAUGGCAACACCGCCGAAAGAAAACUCGCAUAAAGAAUCCUCACCGAAAGCUAUUCCUUCUAACGACAAUUCUCUAAAGGACACAUCGUUGGCGACAUCACCGAAAGAAAACUCGCUAAAGGACGAUACACCAAACGCUACCCCGUCUAAAGAUAGUUCGCAAAAGGAAGCCUCGUCAAAAGAUACGCCGGAGAAACAGAAAAAGCUCGUGCGGCAAGGGUCUAAAGAUUCCACAGGGUCGGCGAGUGACGCGUCAGAAGACGGUAGUUCUUCAGGGGAGGAGGAAGCGGUGGCGGACGCGGGCGCGGAAGCGGAGAAGAGAGAGACCCACGCGGGAGCGGAAAUAUCCGCGCUGGUCAACUAUGUACAGCCUGUGCACUUUAGCUCCUUUGAGAAUGCUGAGAAAAAGAACCGUUUCUACGAGAUGUCAUCGUUUGACGAGAAGCAAGCGACCACGCUGCUGAAGGAACGGCCCAUAGAGUUCGUCAACUACAACAAACAUCAACUGUCGCGAGUCUAUCCGGCUGGUACCAGAUUUGACUCUUCCAAUUUUAUGCCGCAGGUGUUUUGGAACGCAGGCUGCCAACUCGUAGCGUUAAACUACCAGACCCUCGACCUGGCCAUGCAAUUGAACCUGGGAACUUUCGAGUACAACCGCCGUUGUGGGUAUCUUCUCAAACCGGAGUUCAUGCGCCGAAAGGACCGUCGCUUAGACCCGUUCGCAGAGAGCACGGUAGACGGCAUCAUAGCUGGCUCUCUCUCCGUGACGGUGCUAUCUGGACAACUCCUGACGGACAAGCGUUGCGGGACAUAUGUGGAAGUGGACAUGUUCGGUCUACCGGCAGACACUGUUCGCAAGAAGUUCCGCACCAGAGUCGCGCCCAACAACGGGAUCAACCCGCUCUAUGGCGAGGAGCCGUUUGUCUUUAAAAAGGUGGUGCUACCAGAACUAGCAAUGAUCCGCAUAGCAGCCCACGAGGAGAGCGGGCGGCUGCUGGGCCACCGCGUGUUACCGGUGGUGGGGCUCUGCCCCGGGUACAGGCACGUCAACCUGCGCACAGAGCUGGGGCUGCCGCUGCCCGCAAGUCUACUGCUGCUUGUUGUUGUUAAGGACUACGUCCCAGACCGGCUUUCCGAGCUAGCAGAAGCUCUAGCCAACCCCAUCAAGUACCAGAGCGAGCUGGACAAGCGCGAGCACCAACUGGCGGUGCUCACAGAGGACACAGACGUGCAGCCCGAGGACGAACACAUACAAAGGCUCAGUGCCAUACCACUGAGUAAACAAGAGCCGCCAACGGACACUAGCCCCAGCAAGUCCACCACAGCUAUAAUAGAGACCAAGAAGCUGAUAGAGCAAGAGUCGAUAUCCUCCGCCGCGCCACCUUCUACCACCGAGACCACUGAAUCUAAAGACCAACCAGACAACAUAACGAACGGGAACUCAGACGAGCAUCUAGCGAAGACUCUAGACAAUCUAUUGUCUUCAAAAGUGGUGCGCGAGAAGCGGUCGGAGUUAGCUCGCAAGCUGGACGCUUUGCGACGCAAGUACGACAAAGACAAGCGGCCCGCGUCUAAGUUCUACGUCAGCAAUAAACUUGUCAAGAGGUUGUCUUCGAAAAACAUAGUUGUAGCUGUAAGAACAGUCAAAGAAGGUGCGAUCACACGCAAUCGCAGCCCAGUGGGCGAGGCGAGUUCGGGUGGCACGGAAGAGACCAGCAACAACGAGAUCGCUCACCUGGAGCGCGAGCUGCGACUGCGCUACCACCACGCCAUCUACGCCGCCAUCGAGAAGCAGCUACGCAACGACCAGCACCACCAGAUGAAGACACUCACUGAUCUGUUAGAGGGUGAGAAGAAGGAGAUAUUGAACAGACUGGCCAACUCGCGGAAGGAGGACGUGAAGGCGCUUGCCAAGAAGACCAACAAGGACAAGGACGAGAUCCUCAGGAUAAAACGGGAGAUACAUACACAGUCGGUGGAGCGCGGCGUGGCGGAGUGCUCGCGGCUGGAGCAGUCGUACGCGCGGCGCCGCGAGCAGCUGGCGCGUGCGCACGAGCGGCUGCGGGCGCUGCUGCAGAAACACCGCGACCAGGAACUAUUGGAGUUGGAGCGACUAUGCGGCGGCGCCCCGGAAGGCUAGGCCGCCGCCUGGAAGCCGGACGCCGGCGACUGAAGCCCUGUACCUAUCGACUCUAGUCUCGAUAGGUGAGUCUCUGUCAUUGAGUGUUAAUUUUUUUUAGGAAUCUGUGAUAUUAUCGCCUAAGGAGCAAUGUAGGAGUGAACAGACGUUGCGAUCGUCUCCGGGUGUAACCGAGUCUCGGCAGUAUUCUUUUCGUCUCGUAGUUUUAGUUCUGGGAGAUAUUAGUUCGGAUGACGUGAGGCGUAGGUUCCCCUUGUGUCGUGUGAUUCUGAAGUCUUGGUCCGAGUACCGUCUCACUCGUGUGGAUAUUUCGUGAUAUACAUUAAGAUUGUCUUCGUGUCGUAUACUUUAUCGUAAACUGUGUUUCGGGACUAAACUCGUAAUGUAACUGCAUUUAAAGUAAAUUAGAUAAGAGGUUUGCAUUGAACUAACGCUUCGGAUUGAUAUGCUAGUCAACGCAGUCAUUCAAUUGGGCAAACGGGAAAGGACGGGAUUGUUCUGUACGAUGUAAAGUUCAAGUUCUCCAUCAAGCUGUGUAAUGCACAUACGCCCUUUUCGGUUUCGUAUAUCGAUAUACGUAAAUAUGUAAUAUCUAUACAUAUCUAAAGCACAAAAUACUGGUUUUCAGUGAAAUUCACGUACCUAAUUAUUUUGUAAAAUCUUUUGUAAAUCAGUUCUUCCUUUUUAAAUAUUUGUAGUUUGUAGAAUUUUAUUCCAAAAGUAAAAUUUAAAUUAUGAAAUUGAUUCUUAUGACGGUUAUUCCAAUAUUUUCUGGUUAGUGAAUGUUCGCAGCGGGAGUUUCAUUUAUGUUCGUUUGUAUGUUUCGAGAAUAUACGAUGUAUUAUUGCGAUCUGUCACUUUAUAACUAGUUCGAAGUAAUAAUAGCGUGUAUUUAUUGGAAGUUCAUACGAAAAAUAAAUAAAUCCAUAUUCUAACUGCGCUUUUUACAAAUUAGGUACGGUGUAUACAAGUAUCGUUUAUCUCACAAGUUAUGUAUAGUAUAUAUAUAUAUAUAUAAGCGUGGAUUAAUAUAGUGCGUAUUCGUGUAGUAAUGUUAUAAUUACGUUGUGGGCUUUAUCGCGUUGUUUUACUAACAUGCGUCAGUAACAAUAGGUUGUAGAUUAACAUUCCAUAUAUUUUGCUUUACUAGUAAUUAAAAAAGGGAUAUUUAUUUGAGUUUUAAUAGGAAAUCACGAGGUCCUCCAGAAUGUGUGUUAAGCGCCUUUGUCUCUAUCGGUUUUAUGCCGAAAUGUAAAGAGUGACAAAGACAGAUAUAGUCGAAGCCACUUAAAGCAGUAAUAGACAUUAGAUAAUAUUACAGUACAAUCGUAGUGUAUAUCUGACUCCAAUUAGCAAUAGUCGUAUGAUACAGGCGAGAACGGAGAGUGAUGGAACCUUGUUUUAGCAGAUAAAACCUGUGCUUGACUAUCAAAGUUCCAUGAAAUAUUUAAAGACCCAACUGAAGUCUGGAUUGACUCAUAACGUAAUGCGAUAAGGUUCCAUUACUUUCUUCUAUUGGCCGUUUAAUAUAAAGUCGCGAAGUCCCAAAAUAUUCGACUAGCAAUAAUUUUCAGUAACAUCACUUAUUUUUAAGAUGAGUAGUGGCCUUGUCCUAUGCAUAGUCGUUGGAAGGGCUUUGGUCGGUUUUGUUGUACAAUAAGAAAUCGAAUCAGGAUUUAGGCAAGAAUUUUACCACUGUUGCAGUACUUUUCUUCUUUCUUCUACAAUUUAGAACGCACUAGAAGUUUUUAGAUUGUAUUUCUUCCUUUUGAAUUUAAUAAAACCACGCACAAUCUUCAACAUUCACUGUUAACUUGUCGUGUUAUUUCAUCACUUUCUAUGUGAUUUUUCUUGAAAUCGACGCUAAUUCUUGCCGGGUGGGACGUAUAUGUGAAAAGCCAAGCCCUUCAGUACAUAGCACACACUGCCAAAAUAAAUUAUUUCCUUAAUUAACUUCCUUGAAAUUUUCACUUAUUUUCUAUGACUAUUUUACAUCUAAGAUGUUUAUACUUCUAUGGUGCUUUCUAUACAUUUAGGCGCGUACUUAAAGAUCUGUUGCAGAUGUAUUAAGUAUAACUUUUUUCGACUUCCUUUACGGCUGCAUUUUCGAGAUAUACUUGACGAUAGUUUUUUUUAGAUAAUUUAGAGAAAACUAGCCAAGUUUGAGAAUUUCAUUAUCUGUUGAGCAUUUUUAAAUAAUUAUUGAGAUUUUAAUUUCACGGUGCUACUUUUUUAAAAGCCGUUAUUGAUAAAUAGUUAACUCGAUGAUGCAGUUGUAUUUUUUCUUGCCUGGCCCGUUCAAUUAAUGUGCCAGCACCGAUAUCUCGAAAACGCAGCCAGAUUAUUUUCACUAUAAGAGAUAAGUUUCAUUCAAAAGUUACCUUUCAAUUUCAUAGUCAUCUUUCGUCUCUGUAUACUCUUGAUUUCCAAUCGUGCAAAUUUCUAAUAGCAAUAAUAGAUUAUAAUAUAUCCGUCGUUACUUGGAACGAACUUGCAAUAAUAUUCGAGGUACCGUCUCUUGUAAGCUAAGUGCGGUGUGUUCGUUUCGGAAGCGUUCUCCGAGCAUGGAAUUGGGUGAGGAAUUUUAAAAAACAUAACGUUCAUUAAAUAGCACAAUUUACAUUUUCAGAUUUCGAUAAAUGUAGCUCUUCCUUUUUCCGAAUAGAUUUUAAUUUUAAAGUAACAAAUAAGGCAAAAUAAAUGGAGGGAAUACAACGUGAAAACGUUUCCAAAAACGAACACACUUCGUAACUAAAUAGUGCAAAUAUUACACUUAUGAGUCUAUCGCUUUCAUAAUAUACUGACUUAUGUAAGCUCCCUCCGUAUCGACUAGGUGAACGUAGUUCAGACUAGCUGCCAAAUAGCGUAAGGUGAUAUGUUAUCAAACUUCAAACCACAUUCAUUAUACUCCUAAAGUGUACAUUCAUUUCUAGUCCCUUCCGUACAUUUCAGAUUUAGUACCAAUGCUCGCCACCGGCGCUCUUUUUUGUACUUUGGGUAGAGACCGUACUAUUACUCUAUUUCGCCACGGAGUAACUAGAUGUCGCUAGUAAUAUAAGUAUACGUAAGGAAAUGAGUGCCAUCUAGUGACAGUGCAUCGUAUCAUUAUUGCGCGCGUUUAGCGGCAACUUUGGCAAGGGAUCGUGUUUAUCACCUAGUAUAUAAGUUACUCCGUGGUACUGUCAUUAUUUUACAAUAGAAACGAAUGUAUAUCGGCCGUCGUUAAACUUAGUUUUAAGUUCGAUAAAAUGUCACCUUAUUUAUAAAUCAAUACAUUUAUAGUACGUAUUGAUGUAUUUACACAUGUUUGAUUGAUAACUCAAGAAAAUCUUGAAUUUCGAUUGCAUUUGCCUUUCCCACUAUAUUUUCGAUAUAAUUUUAAAUAUCAAUUGGAGUGGUUGUGUAAAUAGUUAUUUUUUUGAGAUGUCAACCAAACAUACAAUUUUCUAUUGUCAAACGUAUUUUUCUAAAUUCAUUGAAAUGUUAGAAGUUAUGCCCAAGGUUAUAUUAAAUGAGAGAUACCUAGUUGAUUACCGUUUAUUUACGGGCAUUUGAUACUGUACUUAUUUAUCCCUUCCAAUUUUGAAUAUUUCGAAUCGUCCUUCUUUUGAUUAAUUAGAUAUAUAAAUGAAGUCAUAACUAAUCAAAUAUAAAAUAUUCCACUUGUUUACCUUACAAAAUUAUCUAGUGAUUGAAUUGAAAGUGCCACGAACAUUAUCUUAACGGUUAUUAACUUAUAAUUCUUUAAUAAAAUAUUGUUGAACUAUAAACUUUAGAUAUUUUUAGGGUUAUUUACGACGUGUCCCAAUAAAUACAUUUAAAAUUUACGGAAAAUAGAUUAGCUUCGCAUUUGAAGUCGUAAAUAAUUCCGGUUAAAAUUAAAACAUGAAAGUAAAAAAAAUGGAAACAGGGAACCUCUUACUAUCUCUCGACUAUAUUUAUUGAUCUGUCUACCUAUGAUACUUGAAAUUGUUUACUAAUGUAGGUAGUUAAACGAGUGUGGGAUUGUAUUGAUGUGUUUAGGUGUAACGUACUUUAAGGUAGGUAUUCUGAGCCUUGUGAUGACUUUUUGGAUUUUUAUUCGACAUGUUGAUAGGCGUUUCCUUGUUGAUGUGGAGCAGUUGUCGAGUCUGUGGUCACAUAUUUGUUUGCAGUCUGACAGGACCUUACGAGCUUAUAGCCUCUCAGGUGGCUGGGGUAGGAGUGUCUCGCGGGUAUAUUUACCAAUGAUGCAGGGUCACAAAUACAUAAUCUGUAGCUUUGUUAGACUGCGGUGUCGACGCGUUUGAACAUUAGAAUUUCAGCUCUGAAUAUAACUUUGCGUACGGUAUAACAUGUAUUAUUGUAGCGGAAAUAGUUGAAGUAUUGAGUCAGUCAUUCUUCUAGCAGAAUAUAAAGUAUAUUUGGGUAGUUUGGAUUACUUGGCUCGCUCACAUUGAUUGCAGAGUACGUCAAGGUUCCACGUAUUUAAUGGCAUUAGAGGAUCGUUCACUACUUAUGAGUGUUUAUUUUGUAUUAUCUCUUUUAACAAUUUGCUAAGUAUUUAAAUGUUUACUGCGUCAAGUCCUCACUGCGAGACUAUCUGCUUCUAGAGAUCCUGUAUUUGGCGUUUUUUAUUCUUCCAAUAGUUAAUUUGUUAUAGAUAUUGUAUUUUAUAACUAAAACGUACGUAAUAUCAGUUGACGAAAUGCGAUCACUCCUAAAGACAAUAUUUUAAGAAGUGAAGGAUCCUCUAGCGGUCUGUAAAUCUCAUUUUCCACUGAACGCUGAAUGGGCUUCGUAUGAAAUCCGUUCGACUCGUUAUCGUAAAAUACAUACAAGUGUUAUCUCCUGAAAUCUUCUCUGCAAACCUAUACACACACAAACUACACAGCUAACAGCUUAACAGCAGCAGCGGCAGCUUAACUUAUUCUACAUAGUUUACGUUCGAGCUCGCUCCGCUCAAAGUGGAAAUGAGGUUUAACGCCUUAAGCGUUUCCGCCGAAGCGGAGGCGUACGGAAUUGACCAAUGACAGACAGCGACAGAAGACGCGAUUGGCCAAUGACCAAUCACAGAGAGCAAGAGAUUGGUCAAUUCCUGCUUACCUCCGCUCCGCUUCAGUGGAAACGCGAUCUAGCUGCCACCUUGCGGUGAAUUCGUGAACCAAUCAAGCGUGUUGAACACAGUAGCGCCAUCUACUCCAGUUUAAACAUUGAAGUUUAGCCCUUGUGUUGUCCUCGUUCACAAAUGUAACAUAAUGUAGCAUGUAGGUAGUCUUAUCAGUGUUAUGAGUAGUUACGGAUGUGUACGCAACACACGAAUGUUCUUGCCUUGUAUAAAAUAUUGAUUGUCGUUAGGUAAGAUGUAGGUCACGUUUGUUCCGAUUAGUAAGAGUAUUCACUGCUGAUACAGAUCAUAACUUUGGAGAUUUGGAGGCCUAAGCGUUCUUGUUUUGUGUUCAUUUUUCGUCUAAAAUUUUAGGUACUUAUAUCGUUUUUUUUUUUAUUUACUAAUUCUUCAUGCCGUGAAUUAGUUAAUUUGUCUGUUGCAUAGUUUUAUUUUACAUGCUUAUGGUCUCCAGUCUAUCACUAGUUCAUCGUUUAGCGAAUGUAAAGUAAUCCGACUCGAGUUUUCUGCCAACUAGAGGUUAAGAGUUAGUUAAUUCGUUGUAGGCGACCCCACGGCAGCUCCAACGUGAAGUGCUAUAGAAGGGAGAAGGUUCCAGAAUAUUGUAAAAACUUCUAGAACCUUCUGGAUCGUUAGUUCUUAGACUAUAAGUGAAAUACGUUACUACUGAAAUCACUAAAAUAUUGCCGUAUUUUAUUAUUCUAUUUAGUGGUUUAUAAAGUAUAUUGUAUUGCGUUGUUUUACUGUCACAAUUUUGGCACAAAAUGUUGUAUUUACUGUUAGGUAGGUAUCUCUGUUUCAUUGUUGUUGAAUCAUUUGAUAUUUUUCUAUAAAUCAAAUCCGGCCUCAUAAUGUAUUAUAAUGGUGAAUCUCUUCCUUGAGUUGUUGGUGAGAAAUCAGUGAAAUAUAUGUAGUUGCAAGACUAAAUAAAAUAUUUAAAAACUUGCACUGUAAACUUCUGUGUAACAUUUAAAUAAAAUACGUACGUAUUUUCAUGGCCGGAUCUUGUACUAUACACUCUAUUCAUUGAAUCGUUUUUAAAUAACUAAAUACUAAGUGAAAAUCAGCUUUCAACUUACAUUCGAGUGAAGGAUUUUCUACCGAGUAUAUUUUCGACGCUUCCUUUUGACGCUUUUAAAUACUUAAUAUUUUUCUGAUACUAUAUUGUGCAGGGGGGUUGAAAAGGACA